GGUUCGAGACUGGUCACACCAAUUUUUUUUUUUUUUUUUUUUUUUUUAGGUUUAAUUAAUUUUUUUUGUCUUUAAUGAAAGGUCGUAGGAACAUAUUUCGCCAUCGUCUUCUUCUUCUCUCUUCUUUGACCUAAUAUUUUUCUGAGCAUCAUGUCGACGGCAGCGAUCCUUUUUACUCUGAUUUCAUUUGUUUUCAUCACUUUCUUCUUAUUUUAUAGAUAAAUUCAUCGAAUAACUUGUGAAAGUACAUAGAAAGUGAAAGAAAAGAUGAUCUCUUUUUCCAAAAGAUCGGAGUUUUUUCGAACAUGGAAAUGUAACGUGCUUCUACGCCGGGGAAUCUGCCGAUCGACCGCAUCUACGCCUGCGGAAUCUGCCGACCACACCUACGCCUGCGGAAUCUGCGGCGUUGACAGCGUUUUCGAACAUGGGAUCAGAAACGAUAUCUCCAUACGUAGAAGUUUUCACACAUCAUCCAUCUACACAGAUAUAAGCCAUCAUGACUGGGUGGUUCACCGAACUCGAAGACGUCCUGUACUCCAUAGUGGAAUAUAUCCCACUAGUCGGCACCGUGUACUCUCUAGAGCGAGCCAUCAUCGCAUAUACCACGGAGGAUUGGAAGCGAUAUUGGCAGUCCGUCGGCAACUUCGUCGAAAGCUCCGUCCGCGAUGUCAUUCUCUUAAAAGACAUCGCCGAACCCAUCCCAGUCAUCCUUUUACACACAAUGGCCGAGUCAUUCACCGACAAAAUGCUUGAGCUCUACCAUCACGAGCCCAAAAAGCCUGAGAUCGAAAUCACCAAAGACUUGGAUAAACGAAGCGGACAUGUACUCAUCGCCGAGUCCUCACAAGGCAAGUUCGAGAGUGAAGUCUUCGGAGGCAAAGCCAAGGGUGUGCACCACUUUUACGGUGCUGUGUUCAUUGGUAAGCUCACUAACCCCGACUAUGCUCCAAACGGCGAGAAGAUCCGGCUUGAUAUCCCUCAGGGAUUGUACGACGGGGCACCAGUCACCUUCUCGUGGAAAUGGACUCAAGCCUGGGAUGGAUCAAAGAAUUCACCUUCAGCCACGUAUGGUCGUAUUAAAUUGAUUGCCGGCACACCCACAGGGUUCGAAUUGUCCAGCCGAAAGGGUCUUGCCGGAUGGGAAGGUUAUAACUUUUGGGGUCAUGUAAACUCCAGGGACCAAAUCACAGCUACAACCGCUAUCAGUGGUAACGAAACUCAGAUUGUCUUCGAAAGGCUGCCCGAAACUUGAUUUCAGCAUUCGAAGUUGAUAGAGUUACAGAACCGAACCGACACGUCUCGAACCAAACCAAUUUUCCAAACCGAAAUACACUACGUAAUUGUUUCUUUUCUGCAUUUUGUUUCAGUUGAUAAUAAGAAGAGAGUAGGACUUCCUUGUAUAUAGGAAACCAUCUCCUCCACUUUCCCUUAAUUCCCAUGUUCAAAGGAGUUAUGACUCCACUUUGUUUCUGUAUCUUCUCUAUUUAAAUGAAUGAAAAAGCCAAAAAGAGGCAAUCUUAAUUGUCCAAAA